AUGUCCUCACCGGAAGACAUAGCUCGCCUACGGCAGCUGAAGGAAACGGAAAACCUUGGGAAUGCCUGGACUUUCUGGCAGCAAACCCGAGAGCAACUAGAAGAAACCUCUGCCCUCUUCGACGACCCCGAUCCAUCCAUGCGUUCUCUGGCUAUGGAAGAAGCCAACUCCCUCUCCGAAACCCUGUCCGGCAUCGUCCAAAACACAUUCCCCUCCCUGCUUAUUCCGCCAUCCACCACUGCGCAACUUUCCGCACUCAUGGAACUAAAGUCUGGCGUGGGAGGCUCCGAAGCGAGCUUAUUCCUUGCUGACCUCCUGCGCAUGUACCAACGUCUCGCCAACAACACCAAUUGGAAGGCUUCGAUAGUGGCCAAAAAUGACACAGAAGGCGGUGGUAUAAAGGACGCUGUCGUCGAAUUCAAGGGUGAGGGCGCUUAUGAUGCUCUAAGAUGGGAAAGUGGGGUACAUCGCGUGCAACGUGUACCAGUCACUGAGGCGAGUGGAAGGACGCAUACAAGCACUGUGGCCAUCGUUGUUCUCCCGCUCAUGGAGGAAACGGAUAUACAUGAAGAUGAACUGUUCUCAAUGGAUGACAUCAAGCUCGAAGUCAUGCGUGCCCGCGGUGCUGGCGGCCAGCAUGUCAACAGAACAGAAUCCGCCGUCCGCAUAACGCAUGUACCCACUGGCAUAACUGUCUCCAUGCAGGACGAGCGGAGUCAACACCAAAACCGAAGACGGGCCUUCCAAGUCCUCCGUUCCCGUCUCAUGGACCUCAAACUCACGCGCGAGAUGGAGGAGCGACGGACAACACGACGAAAUCUCGUUCGUGGCGCAGACCGGAGCGAGAAGAUUCGGACAUACAACUAUGCUCAAGAUCGAGUAACAGACCACCGUAUAGGCUUGACGAUGAAAAACCUGACCUCCGUGAUGGAGGGCGACGGCAUCCAGCUCUUCAUCGAUGCUGUCCAGCGGGACCACGCCGAGUCGGUCAUGGAGGGGAUGUUGGAGAGUUCUGAGGGUGCUUAA